CCCUUACCUCGUCAUCAACUUCGACGUGGUUUAGGAUCAUCCUAUACCAUUCAUCUCAUAUAGUCUUCAUCAUGGCAUCGUUACUCGGAGCCAGUUAUGAUUCGAGCGACGAUGAAGCCACCUCGUCUGUCCCCCAGACUCAGGCGGCGACAGCAGCGACCAAGAUCGUCGCAGCGCCGGAAGUGAACACAGAGGACCAAGCGCAUAAGCAGAUGAUGCUCGCUAACACCUCCUCAACCGCCCUCACCUACAACGCCACAUAUGAUGAUCUUUCGCGUCCGUCCCAAGGUCCAGUGAACCCCUUUAAACCCGCCGGAGCAGCCAACGGCCUGAAAAGGAAAAAUGUCCCUACCGGAUUUGCAGAGGAAGCCGCCAUCAGCGAAGCCACUUUUGCCGCGCAGCAUCGCACGUUUCAGAGUUUGGGCUACACGCGCAAUCCCGGUCUACCAGAGCAAUUUGUCGGUGAUUUAAACCAUGCCGCACUGCACGGGGGCCGUGACAUUGUGCAGAUGAAGCCUUCCAAGGAUGUUUCGGCGGCGCUGCGCGCCAAACGGCAGCGAAAAGGCGAUCCUAGUAUUGUCGAGGGCGAUGGGGCGUAUCUUGGUCCUUGGGCCAAGUACAAAGAUGACGACCAUAUUUAUGAGGAAGAGACCGCUGAGCUGGACCGGGAGCUGGCCAGUGAUGAGGAAUAUGUGGAGGAAGAGGAGGAGGUUCCGGCUCAUAUGCCGGCGAUGAGCAAGGAGGCCACAGAUUACCAGGACGAUUCGUCCCAGGUGGAAAAAUCCGAGUUCCAUGGAUCCGAGCAGUUCGAUUAUAUGGGCCGGACUUAUAUGCAUGUGCCACAGGAUUUGGAUAUCGAUCUGAAAAAGGAAGUUGGCAGCACCAAGAACUACGUGCCCAAGAAACUGGUGCACACUUGGAAAUCUCACACCAAGGCUAUCACCUCGUUGCGGUUUUUCCCCGGCUCUGGACACUUGCUGCUAUCGUCUGCGGCAGAUGGAAAGGCCAAGAUCUGGGAUGCGUAUCACUCUCGGGAACUUCUACGGACGUUUUCAGGUCAUUCCAAGUCCAUUACGGACACAGACUUCCACCCGUCUGGUAAGACAUUCCUCACCGCAUCGUAUGACCGCCAGAUCAAGCUGUGGGAUACGGAAUACGGCAAGUGCCUCGGUCGUUUCUCGACUGGCAAGACGCCACACGUCGUCCGUUUCAACCCCAGUCCCGAAUCUUCGCACGAGUUCCUGGCUGGUAUGUCAGACAAGAAGAUCGUUCAAUUCGACACUCGUACCCGCGAUUUGGUCCAAGAAUAUGACCACCACUUGGCAGCCAUCAACACCAUUACGUUCGUCGACAACAACCGUCGCUUCAUCUCCACGUCCGACGACAAGUCUCUGCGUGCCUGGGAAUACGGAAUUCCCGUCCCUAUCAAGUUCAUCGCUGAACCGUACAUGUUUGCACUCACCCGUGCAACACCCCACCCCAACGGCAAGUACGUUGCCUUCCAGUCCGGCGACAACCAGAUUGUUGUCUACGGGGCUACAGACAAAUUCCGCCAGAACCGCAAGAAGAGCUUCCGCGGACAUAACAACGCCGGAUACGCCAUCGAUCUUAAGAUCUCCCCCGAUGGUCAAUUCAUCGCAUCGGGUGAUAGCGGUGGUUACGUCUGCUUCUGGGACUGGAAGACGGGCAAGAUGUACCAUAAGAUUCUUGCAGGAGGCAAGGAAGGAGGUGCUACGACGUGUCUCGAUUGGCAUCCCCAGGAAACCAGUAAAGUGGCUACAGGUGGUCUGGAGGGUGUUAUCAAAUAUUGGGAUUAGAUUAAUGCGACCAUAUUUUCCCUUUUUCAUCUCUUUUCUUUUUUCGGUUCACGGGAUUCAGGCUGCUACUGUACUGUACAUAUACAUUGCAAGUGCGACGAUCUAUACAUGCAUGGUAUUUUAUUCAUUAGAUGGCAUGGAAUUAACCAGUUUGGAUACCGGUGAUAAACCCCAGAAUCAUCGCCAAGUAUGCUCCUUUUCCAGGUCCCCUAUCUAGAUAAUAUACACAACAUAGGUCAUAAUAUGUAAUACAGUGGCACACAGAACUAAAA